CAAUACACAGUACAGUUUGUGGAAGAAAAAAAGCAAAGCAGUGGCUUAAAUACAAUAAAAUUUAAGAUUACUGCUAAUGUUUUGUCAAAAAUUGUAAAAUAGUUCAAACAAAUAAUAAUAAGCAUUAAAUUAAACAUUGAAUAUCAAUAAAAAUAAGCUAUGGUUUAUGUGACAACAAAUGGCGCGGCUUCCGACCAGCAUAUGCUGCACAACAUUCCCGAUGCUCCUAACGCUGAAAUAAAACAAGAAGAUGAAUUAAUUAUAGAGGACACGGACAGUGGAAAUAUUCAGUGGUGUUUUAUAAAUACUUUGGAUCUGAACGAAGAUGAUGAUUUCUCAUCGGGUCCUAAACAUACGGCCACUGUGCUCAAUCGUUCCCACGACGAUAUUAUAGAAAUAAGCGACGACGACGUUGAUGGUGAUGAUGACGAUAAUUGUGAAAGAGUAUAUAUUAAUAAUACUCCAAUGCUGGACAUUCAUCCCGACAUUGAGACUAGUGAGAUUGAUAUUAUCAAUGAACCGAUUCAAGAAAUAAGUUUUUGCCUUGAAAGCAAUGAAGACAAUAAAAUGGAAACUUCUUCGCUAUUGGAAAAGGAAGAAACAUUGCCCAGCGAAUCAAUGCCCAAGUGUGAGGAUACAAUCGUAAAAGCUAAGCUAGAAAGUGAUGCCAAGGAAUUUUUGGAUGAAGAAGUUCCGCUGCUGAACAGAAGAAAUAGAAGAAGCCUUGUUCAAACAAAAAUUCCUGGACCCAUAAACAAUGAUUCUGAUAUAGUUGCUGUCGCCAAAGAGCUGUUGGCCCAGAAAUGUAUGAAAAUCAAGUGUAACAUCUGCAGUGAAACUUUUUCAUAUAGUACAUAUACAUGGAUAAAACACAUUAGGGAUAUACACCACGAUAUGCACAUGGAAAUUCUGUCCAAUUAUCGCUUUCAAGAUGGGCAAAAUGCCAUUUGUCGCGUUUGCAAGAUAAAGAUUAGUUGCCAAACAAAUCAUUUAAUUCAUUAUUUUUUCCAUCACUCCAAAGAUGUACCAAAACUUUUUAUGUGUUCAUCUUGCGAUUUGGUGGAAACUUCGGUGUUCGAUUUGAAGAAACAUCAAGCGGUACAUUCUUUGACCACAAAAGACAUCAAACCUGUGACCCCUCUUAAGCUAGUUGCCAACUGUGACAAGGCCAUGAAUGAAUGCCCGAAAUGUGGCAAAGGAUUUAAAAAUAGCGGCUCUUUGGAAUUUCAUUUCUUUUCCUCUCAUCUACGAGAUUUUUGGGCUAAAUUUCAGUACAGCUGUCAUUUGUGCGACAAAGAAGACGCAAGCAAAAACCAUGGAAGCAGUCGAAAAAAUUACUACGAACAUUUAAUAAAUCACCACAAGCUGAACAAUUGGAAAAGGCUUAAAUUUCGAAAGUUUGAUAAUGGUCAUCAUUUGCAGUGCAUUGAAUGUUUACGGAUUUUUACUCAAACCAAUGACAUAAAGAAACUGGUCAGUCAUUAUUUGUGUCAUGAGGCAACUUGCCUUUGGACUUGUCGUUACUGUCGCGGAACUUACCGAUUUCAAGAUUGGCCUUCUUUACAUAUGUGCAAUGCCAUGAAAUAUGCUUUUCAAACCAAGAAACCGCUAAUUAAGCAAGAAUCUAAUGAAGAAAUGAAUAAGACUAUUAAAGAGGAAAAUGUAGAAGAAAACAAAGCCUCUAUUAAAAAAUUACUCAGCUUUGAGGAAUUUGAAGCGUAUAUCUGGCAUGUUUGCCCAUUUUGCAAUGAAAAAUUUAACAAAUUUGAGCAAUGGCGUUUACAUAUACGCGAAAUUCAUCACAUUAAUUCUCUAGAAGGUCUUAACAUGAAUAUUAUUGCAGAUGAAGCCGAAAUGUUGCAGUGUCUGGAAUGUUUUGAAAAAAUUCCUAAAAAUCCAAUAGAAUUACAUAAACAUCGUUUCCAACAUUUGCCGUUCUUACCCUAUAAAUGUCGGCAUUGUCCCAAGUCACUAGAGACAUAUAGCUUGGCUUUCAUUCACGUUUCGCAACAAUGUGUAGAUCCCGCAGCGAAACUUUCUGAUUCUAAAGAUUCGUUCGUACAGAUCCAUGAGGCAAAACUUCCCAAGCCAAGCGUCGAAUAUACUUCUGUAGAAAGUUGUAUUCAUUUUUCGUGUCAUUUUUGCCCAAAUAAGCGUUUUCCUUUAUUUAGCGACAUUUCCAUGCAUUUUUCUACCGUACACGACCAUUUUCGGCAAUAUUUUAGCAAAUGCAGUGCAAAGGAGAACCACAUGGUGUGCAAAAUCUGUCAGGCUGAUGUUAAUUCCAACCGAUCUUGCUAUUUAAUGGAGCAUUAUUUUUCUCAUUUGGAUGAAAAGCCUUUUCGUUGUCGCAAAUGUCAUCGUUCGUAUCCCAGUUAUUCAACAACUUCUAGGCAUGUUAAGGAUUAUCACCAGGAAUGUGUGGCGGUAACAACAAAAGUUGAGAAAUCUAACAAUAAAAUAGAAAGAAAUGAAGACAAUCGAAAUAUCACACCCACUAAAAUAAAGAUUAAAACCGAAAAGGAAGUUUCUCCAUUGAUGCAAGACAGAAAACCUAAUUGCUCCAAAAGCGCUAAACCGGUUGAAACGGAAAAAGGUAACAAGCCAGAUGAGGCGGUAGUAAAGAACGAAAAAACAGAAGGUGAGGUGAGUGCAGAACUAGAAUUGGAAUCCGAAUUUUCAUUCUUUGAUUAUCGAGCAAAAUUGUAUAAAAAAUAUUCAAAAUUCAUUACUUUUGCUUGUCCCGAGUGUAAUGCGUCCUUUUCGACUAUGACUCGAUGGGAAAUACACAUUCGAAUACAGCACAGUUUUUUCGAUACAAAGAACUUUUUCACAAGUGAUCCCAAAUCAGGAGAUCUUAAAUGUAUAGAAUGUAACACCACUCAUCCAGACAAAGCGUCCGCUCAAAGACGUCACAUUCUAUCACACUUGGCGCAUACCUCUUUUGUAUGUGCCCUAUGUCCAUCCCGUUUUACUCAACUCAAUACACUGUAUCGUCAUUUGGAACGUGUACACUUUGCUACGGCCAGGCUUAAAUGUCCACUAUGUCCAAAAAUAUCAAAUACUCCCUACGCCAGAUCGGAGCACAUGAAAGCAUCCCACUCAUCCAAGGAUUGGCCUGAAAGUGUAUGUUUAAUGUGUUUUAAUACCGUUGAAAAUAUGGACUAUCACAUAAAAAUGCAUCAUGCAAAUCGCACAAAACUGACGGUAUGUAAAAUUUGUGGUUUGUCAUUCAAGCAAAAACUGGAAGAACAUAUGAAAACAAAACACAAAAAGCAUCGGAGGAAGACUACUACUAAACAGCAAGAACAGAAGGAAAAUGCCACAACAUCGACAGUUUCGACAACAGUAACUGGUAAAAAACGUCCAUCCUCGUUACAAGAGGCCAACAAAAGCAAUUCGAAAAGACAAUGUUUAUCAAAUGAUUUGAAAGUUAAUUCUUCUACCAGCAAAUUAAACAAAAAUUGACAAAUAGUAUUCGUAUGUAUGUGUGUGUAGUAGGAUAUUGAUUCUACAAUGUAGUUACAUAAAUUUUCUGAAGAUAUGACAAUUGUAUUGUUUACUUGUAUUUGAACCAUUGUUUACCCACUAAAAUUGCUAGGGAUAUAUGUUUGUAUCUAUUAAAAAUAAAUAUAAUAAUGUAUAAAAAUAAACUUA